AGCUAGCCAAGCCAACUAGAGACUAGCUAGCAAUCAUGAAUAAGGCUAGUCUUGUUCAGUGCUCGGCAAACUACAUACCCUUGUCACCUAUAAGCUUCUUAGAGCGAGCUGCUGUUGUCCACGGCGAUAAGAUUUCGAUCGUUUACGGUGGAGUGAGAUUUUCAUGGCAGCAGACGCUUGAAAGAUGUCGCAAGGUCGCCUCAGCUUUCGUCCACUUAGGCAUAUGUCGCCAUGAUAUUGUUGCAGCUUUUGCACCAAACAUUCCAGCACUUUAUGAGCUACAUUUCAGCGUUCCAAUGGCUGGAGCAGUUCUUUGUGCACUUAACAUUAAGCUGGACGCACCCGCAUUAGCGUUGAUAUUACAACAACUGGAAGCCAAAGUCAUUAUUGUAGAUCAUCAGUACCUUAAAGUUGUCCUCCAAUCACUUGACAUUUUGUCCCAAACAAAGUCCAACUCCAAGCCACCUCUCCUCAUUCAAAUCCCAAAGUGUGGCCAAUUAUCAUCAUCUUCUCCUACUGAUCUUGAUCUUCCACCAGAUGCCCUUAAUUACAAUGACCUGCAGGAAUCAGCAGAACCCAGUUUUCAGAUUCUCAGACCCAACAAUGAAUGUGAUCCAAUUUCGGUGAGUUACACUUCUGGGUCAACAGGUGAUCCCAAGGGAGUUGUGUACAGCCACAGAGCGGUGUACCUAAAUUCACUGGGAGCAAUUUUUCAGAGUGACAUGAGAAAAAUGCCGGUUUUUCUAUGGACGGUCGAAAUGUUUCGGUGCAAUGGCUGGUGCUACCCUUGGGCCGUUGCUGCUCUUGGUGGCACCAAUAUCUGUCUCAGAAGUGUCUCAGCCAAAGCCAUUUUUGAAGCAAUUGAUCUUCACAAGGUAACACACUUAUGUGGUGCACCCUCUAUAUUAAACAUUCUAGCAGAUGCCUCAGAAAAUUAUCAAUCUAGGGUUAUAAAAUCAAGUGUGGAGAUUAUUGUUGCUGGUGCAUUGCCAGCACCCGAGAUUCUGAUCAAGGUUACAGAAUUAGGGUUUAAUGUGAGCCAUGGAUAUGGCAUGACCGAGGCUCUUGGACCCGCAAUUGUCACAACAUGCAAACCCCAGUUGGAAUCUCAGUACAAUCUAAUGAUGGAAGGGGUUGAUGUGAAGGAUCCAAACAAUAUGGAGAGUGUGCCAUAUGAUGGAAAAACAAUGGGGGAGAUCAUGUUUAGAGGCAACACUUUGAUGUUGGGAUAUCUGAAACACUCAAACCCUAAUCAUGAAAUUUUCAGUGGUGGAUGGUAUAGGACUGGUGACCUGGCAGUUAGGCAUUCAGGUGGGUACAUUCAGAUGAAAGAUAGGGCAAGGGACAUUAUAAUUUCUGGUGGGGAGGCUAUAAGCACACUUGAGGUGGAGGCAGUUUUGCUGACUCAUCCACAAGUUUUGGAGGCUGCUGUUGUGGGGAAACAUGAUGAGGUUUUGGGGGAGACUCCUUGCGCUUUCUUGAAGUUGAAGAAGGGUUUUGGUGGUGGUGAAGAAAGUUGUAAAGAGAUUAUGAGGUUUUGUGAGAAGAAAAUGCCUGCCUUUAUGGUUCCACAAGCUUUGGUGUUUGGGGAUUUGCCUAAUUCCACUGGGAAGAUACAAAAGUUUGUUCUAAAGGAGAAGGCCAAUCUUGUGGGAAGCCUAGAAUAAGAGCUGGUUUGGUAUUGUUGUGCUUUGAAAAAAAAACUGUUUUUGCUGUAUUGUGAGAAUAAACAACUGUGAAAUAAAACAGCAAAGUGUUGGUAAACUUUUUUGUAAAAGUGCUUUUAGAAAAAAAAAAAAAAAAAAA